CAAGCCAGCGUUGUGGAUGAUCCGACCGGCAUUUGUCGCCAGUCGAUACUGUGCAUAUUGCAGCCAUUGCGGGCUUUAAUUGCAUCCCCAUUGCAGCGGUUAAGACGCUCCUAAUGGCCCUACUGCUGAAACGUUUACCGUGUUGCUGUAGUCUGUUGCGGCGUUAUUGGUCAUUUCGAGAGGCUCAUGGUCUCGUAUAUUAAUCGAAACGCGGCGGGCUUGAGACCUAUCAGCAGAAGAAAUUAUUUUUCUUGAAGGAUUGUACGGAUUCUUUACCCGAACGCCGGUUUGCGCUAUCGUGCCAUGAUUGCUGAGAGUUUCCAUUGCAGCGGAUUUUCUUGUUAAUCCCUUUUGAUUGCUGAUGACAUAUUUGAGCGGAUGAAGAUGAUCCUAGCCGACAGCUGAAUCACUCAACCACUCCGUCAUAUCAUAUUCUUCUACAGCACCGCAAUUAUAACAUUAUGCCGGUGGUAACGGUGAGCUUUGUAUCCAACCAGCUGAGCGCCUGGCUGGAGCCGGCCAUCGUCACGGUGGGGCACGCCGGCGCCGACAAGACCCUGAUGACCUUUCUCAACGCCCGCCUGGAGGGCAGCGGCAGCAACGCCAAGUACGUCUGUCGGCAGCGACCCCAAGUCAUCCUGGACAAACUGGACGCCGCCGGGUUCUGCGUGGUGGCCAUGUCCUGCGGGACGGUCUCCUAUGGGCAGUCGUCGCGCGAGUAUGUGUGCAUGAUGCAGGGACCUCCGGUUAGCACGCCGCCACCCUCGGCGCGACCCACGUUGGACCGGCAGUUCAGCGCCCUGAACAGCACCGUCAUCCUGCACGAACCGGAAACGCUGUAAGAUUGGCAUCCUCCGUCUCCUGGCGGCCUCCCUCCGAUCUCCGUUACGUGUAGAUAAUUUCAUCCACUUGAUGGCGUUCUUUCGCGUAUUAAUAACCACAGUACACACGCAUUCCAUUGGACGUUUAAAUGAAUUUGAUUUGUGACGAACGAUAAAUAAGUGAACAUUUUAUUAACUAUAGAUUGUCACUAAAAUUCUAAUAAUUAAAAAUGAGACUGAUUUUUGUUUUGUGGGUACAAGCGUU